UGUGUGUGCUCAGGGGGUUACUUUGCCAUCUGCGAUCACCGCGCUCAUGUGUUUGUGUGUUCAGCCUUAUGCACACACAAUAAACUUUUUUUUUACCGGACACCAGAUAGAAUUUCAAAGACACCUGCACCGAAAACAAUAAUAUCCGGAACAUUUCUUCCGGACAUAAUCCUGAACUGCUCUGGAGGUCAUUUUCCGUUUGUGGCUUUUAGUGCCCUUUUCAACGAUUUCUGUUUCAGUCGAAACAGGAGCUCGGAAACAUGUUGAGGAGAGGAGGUCUUUCUUUUGAAAGGUUCCCGAAGUUGGGACGCCAAUGAUGCGCGAUGCAAGAGGAACACAUACCCUGGGCAUCACUGAACUCAUCUAGAGGACCACAUCUCAUCUCCUCCCCCAUCUUAACUCUACUGACCUCCUCCCCCCUAACUCCCUCCUCCAUCCCAGUUUAAGACUCCCCCCUCCUUAACUCUACUGACCCCCCCCCACCUCCCUCCUCCAUCCCAGUUAAAGACUCCCCCCUCAUUAACUCUACCUGUGAGAAGAAAGCUAGUGGGCGGGCCCACUGUAUGAUUCCAUUGCCCACUUCUUAACACCUGUGAAACACUGACCAAUCACCAUGCAGACAUCAUCUCUCCGCCGCCAGGUGAAGAACAUGGUCAACCAAUACUCAGAGGCAGAGGUCAAGGUCCGCGAGGCGACCUCCAACGACCCGUGGGGCCCCCCCUCCUCUCUGAUGUCAGAGAUCGCUGACCUGACCUUCAACGUGGUGGCGUUCACUGAGGUCAUGGGUAUGAUCUGGAAACGCCUCAACGACAGCGGGAAGAACUGGAGACACGUCUACAAGGCCCUGACUCUACUCGACUACCUGAUCAAAACGGGCUCGGAACGUGUGGCGCAGCAGUGCAGGGAGAACGUCUACACCAUACAGACCCUACGGGACUUCCAGUUCACAGACAGGGAUGGCAGGGACCAGGGGGUGAAUGUUAGGGAGAAGGCCAAGCAGCUGGUGGCCCUGAUGAGGGAUGAGGAGAGGCUGAAACAGGAGAGGACCCUGGCCCUGAAGACCAAGGAGAGGAUGGCUGGAGCAGCUGCAGGGUCAGGGAUGGGCUCUAGUUCUCUACCUCCACCCUACCCAGGCCGCCGUAGCAGCCAGCCCAGCAUGACUGCUCUCUAUGGGGAGGACUUCAGCCGGUCCAGGGAGGCCCAUUCCUCUUUCAACUCCACCUCUUCCUCUCCUCGCCGUGCUGCAUCAGACAUGGAGCAGGCCCGCCCGCAGACCAGCGGGGAGGAGGAGCUACAACUGCAGCUGGCUCUGGCCAUGAGCCGAGAGGAGAGUGAAAAGCCUGCUCCCCCGGUGGACAUUGAUGAACAGACUCAGCUCCAGAUCGCCCUGAGCCUCAGCAAGGAGGAAGCUCAGAAGCCGGCCUCGCCUCCUCCGGUUGCCUUGGAUAUGGAUGAAGAGAGACAGCUCCAGAUCGCCCUGAGCCUGAGCAAAGAGGAGCACCAGCAGGAGCAACGGAGUCGCCAAGGAGACGAGUCGUUGCUCCAAAAAGCUCUGGAGGAGAGUAAACGAGAGGCGGCGUCUGGUGGAAUUGGGUCUGCCAUGAUGGAUCUGGUGGAGGUGUUUGCUGUGUCGUCUGAGGUGCCUCCUACUGCUAGUGCCAACUCCUGGAGUCUGCCAGGGGGGAACGUCCGCACCCCUCUCCACCACCCCCUCCCCCAGGCCCAGGCUGCUGCUGGAGCAGCCUCCGACCCCUGGGACUCACUGGUAGAGGCUCGCUCCACCCCCGUUGGGAGAGAGUCUCCCUGGAUGGUUCCUCCCACCUCCGGUAGCCCCGCCCCUUCUUGGCAGCGUAGCCGGUCCCCUCCGGACCCCUGGGAGACCCCGGGGGUAGUAGACCCAUUCUCUAUCCCAGAUGCUCUUCGAACUGGCAGCCCUACAGAUGGUGACUUGUUUGACGAGGCGAUGGACGGAGGUCAUUUCAGCCUGAACAGCCGAGGUGAGGGUGAGGGCAGCCCGGAACUGUUUGACCUGUCCCGUAUAGGGGACAGUCUGGGGGUCCCCAGCCCUCGGACAUGCCGGACCCCUGAAUCCUUCCUGGGGCCCACAGGGGCCUCCCUGGUCAAUCUGGACAGCCUGAUACCAGCCAACCCCCCAGCCAAGACCAAGAACCCCUUUCUCUCAGGUCUGAGUACUCCAUCUCCCCUCAACCCGUUCCAGAGUGAACAGCCUCGUCUCACUCUGAAUCAGAUGCGUCCCAGCUCCACGUCCCCCGUCCCCCCCUCCGGUCCUCCCUCCCUGCCCUACAGUGCUUCUCUGCCCCUGCCCGCCAGCCACCAGCCGGCCAGCCUGCCCUCCUCCCUCACCCAGCCCACCCAUGGAGCCCUGGACAUACCUGGGCUACCACAGCCCCUGUUACCUCUUUCCUCCAUCUCGUCUCUGGGAGAGCAGCACAGUCAGAAUCCCUUCCUGUGAUGUCUGUCCAGCUGAACUGAAACCGCUAAGAUGGAAGAUAGACCAACACCAACUUCUGCCAUGCGCAGUAGAUCACCUGCUGGGUGUCCACGAGCGGUCACCUGCUGGGUGUCCACGAGCGGUCACCUGCUGGGUGUCCACGAAUCGUCGAGAAAUUUAUAGAAAAUGACGGUCGAUUUUUUUUGUUUUUGUAGUCAGAUGUGACAGGACGCCCACCCAGCUGUCGCACGGUCGGCAUUCAUGUUGGUCUGUCUGUCCUCUAUCUCUGGUGGAUGGAACAGAGGAAAUAGGAAUGACUCUUAUUAGGUUAUUUUCUGUCAAUCUAACCUCAAGACUCAACAACAGGAAUUCAGACAGAACUGAUAUCCCCGUAAGUUGUUAUUUUGUUGUUGUUUUUCUAUGGGCUAUAGUACUGUAACCCUUCGACUGCUUCCUCUGCUACCAUCUGCUCCACCACAACCUGUCCUUGUUACUCCUCUCUGCUGAAGGGAGUGAUGGAGGCUACUGCCUCUACUAUGAUCUGCUCCACCACAACCUGUCCUUGUUACUCCUCUCUGCUGAAGAGAGUGAUGGAGGCUACUGCCUCUGCUACGAUCUGCUCCACCACAACCUGUCCUGUUAC